AUGCCAGCAACUAACGACGCUGUCGACGAACAUACAUCGAAAGAGGUUGCUGCUACUAGUGACCACGUCAUUGGAUCCAAACGACCCAUAAAAGACACCAACUCUUCCACUCAUGACGAUAAUCGACGCGAAGACGGCGAUCUGCACUUGUUGUUGCAGCAAUUCACCACGAUCUUGCUCCAAAACGACACGAAUGGAUUGUUGAGGAGUCGACAAAACCAGGAGAUAGAAGAUAAUGAGCUUACGAUGGACACGAUCCAGGCCAAGCUUGAUGCAUAUACAACUAUCAAGGAUUUCAAGCAUGAUUUGAAGCGGGUAUUUCAGUCAGCUCUUGGGAAAUUAUCAGGAUCACAUUAUGAGUCGCUAGUGAAGCUCCACGAUUUCGCGAUGAACACCUUGCAAUUCGAAUCCAGGAGAUUGAUGCACAAUGAGGACGAUGAUGAUGACAAGGAGCAUGAUUUUGUCGAUGAACGAAUAGCGCUUUUCAGACCUACUUUGGAUGGAUUCGUUUUUUCAGAUUCAGUACCAGCAUCAGCAUUGCAUGAAAAUAAGGACAAACUACCAUCGGGUAUCCAAGAAAUGGUCGUUUAUCCAUCAUCAUCUGCAUGUGCCCCAAGUGAAUUGUCGAAUCUUAAAAGCAUUGUACCUUCACCACCUCGCCAUCCAUCACGAGUACAUAGACAUGAAGAUAAACCAGCUGUUCCAAUUCAAUGGCUGGACUAUGGGGCAUUUUCCAGCUUUGCACCUACUCGGGAUUCCAAUCAUGCCAAUGUAUCGUAUGAAAGCACAUAUAUGGGACGAGCAGCAAAACGAUUUAGACGAUGGGAAAAGAAGCAGCGUAACCUACAGACUUUGGGAAAGCCGACGACUCCACCACCUUCAAAGCAGAAUGGUGUAUCGCCACCUCCACCUUCCUCACAAAAAGAUGAUGGCGACAAAAUCGAUACUGAAUGGUUGCGGAAACAAGGAUUAGAUGCGGAUGCUAUUGUUGCAGCAGCACAAUCAGGGUCUUUCAACGUGGAUGAUCUCGUGGACAACAAUGAAACCAACAUAGAUGGUCAACUAGAAAGGAAUGCCGAGUUAUUGGAUUACUUGUCUCAAUAUCAAGAAUAUCGAUUUGGUUUGGGUGAUGCACGCUGGGGAUCCAUUGAUGAGGCUGAGCAGGAAAUUGCCAAUGCACUUCAAAAGCGUAUGCAAAAACUGAUAUCCAAGGUACCGCCGAAGGAUUUGAUUGAUGCAUCAACCAUAGAAUCGGCCAUGAAACGCCUGCCUCUUGUUGAAUCAGUUUAUCGAGGCACGUUGCCACCCAGCAAGUUGUUUGCAUAUCCAACAAGUGAAAAAUUGGAACCGAUCCCACCUAUCGCCAAUGCCAUUCCAGGGUAUCCAAAGGAACGAUGGCGAGUGUUUGAUAUUCCACCCAUACCCAACAGACAACCAACAGCAGCCAAUGGUGGAGAAUCGUCAUCACGUGCUAUCAACCCUCUUCCUCCUCAUCACCAACCUCAUCCAUCAUCUCCUGCCACAGGACAUCCGAUGCAUCAUUCAUCCCAAUCGCCUGGAACCAGAUAG